AUGGAAACGGGGAGUGCAGCAAGGACAAAUGGUACCACUGGGAAGCCAGAGGAUGUGAAGAGUCCAUCUGCCCCCAAAAAAGAAGAAGAAGUGAAGAAGACCACAAACCCUGGUGGAGGUGAGAAGGAAGCUAUGAAGGGCACUGGUGCUUCUUUGGAAACAGGGCAAAUCAAGAGCUCCCUCUUCUCUGGGAGUGACUGGAAGAGGCCCAUCAUUCAGUUUGUGGAGUCGUCCGAUGAGAAGAGAUCGACCUACUUCAGCAUGGAUUCGGCAGAUUCAAAGAAGAUGCAAUAUGCCAGUGGACAGAUAGGAGACAUGAGGAGACCACCCCUCUCCUUUGCAGAGAAAGGGGAAGGGAGGAAGUCGUUGUUCUCUGGGGGGCAGAUGGGGGACCUGAAGAAAACUUCCCUCCCUCUGGUGGAGACAGGGGACCUGAGAAGAUCCACCUUCAACAAGCUUGACAGAGCAGCUGGGUCACGGCCCAGGGUGAAGCUUGAGGAUGUUCUGUGUGAUUCCUGCAUCGAUAACAAGCAAAAAGCCGUGAAGUCCUGCUUGGUGUGCCAGGCUUCCUUUUGUGAGCUGCACCUCAAGCCCCACCUGGAGGGAGCAGCUUUCCGGGACCACCAGCUCCUGGACCCCAUCAGGGACUUUGAAGCAAGAAAAUGCCCUGUGCAUGGGAAGACCAUGGAGCUGUUCUGUCAGACAGACCAGAUGUGCAUCUGCUACCUCUGCAUGUUCCAGGAGCACAAGAACCACAGCACAGUGACAGUGGAGAUCGAGAAAGCGGGAAAAGAGGCUGAGCUUUCACUGCAGAAAGAGCAACUGCAGCUGAAGAUCAUUGAGGUAGAAGAUGAAAUGGAUAAGUGGCAGAAGGAGAGGGACCGUAUCAAGAACUACACCACCAAUGAGAAAGCCACAGUGGAGCAGCAUUUCAAAGAGCUGAUCCGUGACCUGGAGAGGCAGAGGGAUGAAGUGAAGGCUGCGCUGGACCAGAGGGAAAAGAUUGCAUCAGAGAAUGUGAAAGAAAUCGUGGAUGAGCUGGAAGAGAGGGCAAAGCUUCUGCGGGAGGACAAGGAGAACAGGGAGCAGAUCCACCAGAUCAGUGACUCUGUGCUCUUCCUGCAGGAGUUUGGGGCUUUGAUGCGGAAUUAUGUCCCCCCUCCAUCUCUCCCAACAUACAGUGUGCUGCUUGAAGGGGAGACCAUGAGCCCAUCUAUGGGACUGCUCAGAGAUGACCUCCUAAACGUCUGCAUGAGGCAUGUGGAGAAGAUCUGCAAGGCCGACCUUGGCCGCAACUUCAUAGAGAGGAACCACAUGGAGAAUGGUGACCACCGGUACAUGAUGAACAACUAUGAGUGGAACCAGCCUGACAACUUGAAGAGAUUUUCCAUGUUCCUGUCUCCUAAAGUUUAUGCCAGGUCUUCUCUGCAGCCUACAGCAAAGCAAUGCCUGUAGAAACAAAAGAACAGGAAUGACAUAAAAGGUUUCAAAUCCAGUUUCAACCCACGAUCAUGGGAAUUUUCCUCCUUCCAAGCAACUGAGGAAACACUUGGUACGGGUAAUUCCGACUUCAGUUUGAAAGGUUAUCCUUCAAUAGUGAGACAUCAGUCUGCAAAGGUGACGCCACAGACAUGGAAAUCCUCUAAGCAGUCUGUAUUGUCACAUUACCGCCCCUUUUACGUCAACAAAGGCAAUGGAGCCACUUCCAACGAGGCACCAUGA